AUGCAAGACCACCAGGAUCCACGCAAGUGGUGCAUCGUCGAGCGUUACGAGCAUGAGAGCAGUCAGAAGUACCACCUGGAAAACCCGUACUGGAAGACAUUUGACCCGUACGUCAUCCCGCUGCUGGACAAGCCGAUGGACCUGCGCCGUUUCAACGAGCUGGACACGAGCAAGCCCGUGCACGUCGAGUAA